CUCAGGAAAAGAGAGAAGAGCAAGCCGCUCGAGGGCGGCAAGAUGGCGAGGAACUGGGAAGGGCCUUACCGGGUCAUCAGAAGAUAUAACCAGGGGACGUUCCUCCUCCACACCCUGGAGGGGGACCAUGCCGGGAUGUGGAACGUAGAACACCUGAAGAAGUUCUAUCAAUAGUUAGAGGCUGAUGUCCUUGUUGUAUUUCCACUCCCAUGUAAAAUGACCGGACGUCGUCAAUGAUAAAGGCCCCCUGUUUUUUACAUCACUUCUGUUUCUUGCCAACGACGGCUAAAGAAGGGAAUCUCGAUGCAGAUACACCUGUUCCUCCUUGUGAUGUCUGCGGAUACCGAACGUCUCCUCGAAGUAGGGACGCCGGUAGGACCAAGGACCAAGGACGAACGAAGCACAGGGAAUCUCGAUGCAGAUACACCUGUUCCUCCUUGUGAUGUCUGCGGAUGCCGAACGUCCCCUCAAGUAGGGACGCCGGUAGGACCAAGGACCAAGGACGAACGAAGAUUACCUCCCUUAAAAAAAAAAAAAAAAAAAAAAAAAAAAAAAAAAGAAAAGAGAUGGGGAGAAGAGGAGAGAAGCUCCUACACGGAAGGGAAUCUUGCCCGGGUGUGCCAGAUCUUCCCCCACCGCCGAAGGCGAACACCUCUCGAUGUAGAGAUUAGUAGAGACGUGGAGGGGGCUAGACGAACCAAGGGAGCCUGCCAAGAUAAACCUGCUUAUCCCACAAAUGACCAUGGAUCGAUGGACGUGGGAUAACGAAGACGGGAACCCGUGAGGGUAAACCUGUUCGUCCCUGCGAGUUCCUUAGGUACCGAACGUCCUCUUCGAAGCAAGAGACGCCGGUAAGGCUAAAAGGACCACGGAUGAACGAAAGAAGGGGGGAAUCUCGAUGUAGAUAAACCUGUUCUUCCUUGCGAUGUCUGCGGAUACCGAACGUCUCCUCGAGGUAGGGACGCCGGUAGGACCAAGGACCAAGGACGAACGAAGACUAAAAGACUCCAAAAAAAAAAAAAAAAAAAAAAAAAAAAUGCCAGACGAGCAUGGAGCAAAGAAUGAUUUUUAUUCCUCGGCACUAUUGGCCGGAAAAUUACAAUGUAUGAGGGUACAAUACAAAAUAAUGAACGGAGAAUCACAGCCGAUCGGCGUCCGAAGCUGGAACUUGGGAAGGGGCCUGCUUGGACUUGUCACUUUUAGCGGCUUCCUCUUGCUCCUUCAGCAGCUCAAGGGCCCCUGCAUGAGCGUCUGCCAUCAAGACGUCAAAACCAGCCGCCUCCGGAUCGAAGGGAGCCCCAAAGUGACGCUCGAACGUCGGGAGAUUCUCCGCUACUAGCCCAACCAUACCUUUGCGGUAGGUGUCAUCGGCGAGAUCGUCAAGGAAACGACGUCCGGUGGGGGUGGCCUGGAGCAAUUUAACCCCAUCCUGGUAGGCAUCCGGGCAGGUGGCCAGGAACUCGCCAACGAGCCGCGGGAGGAACUUCAUAGCCAUGGUGUGGAUGGCGCCA